AUUUUUGACAGUCGUAUGAAAUGCCAUCUGGCGGUUACUAAAGCAUUCUUUUCGUUUUUGUAGGCAAUCAAAACCCGUCAAAAUGGGUAAAAUUAUGAAAUCGGGUAAAGUCGUACUGGUCCUUGGUGGACGGUACGCAGGCAGAAAAGCUGUUGUGAUUAAGAAUUACGAUGAUGGAACUUCCGACAAACAGUACGGGCAUGCCUUAGUAGCCGGAAUUGACAGGUACCCAAGGAAAAUACACAAACGUAUGGGAAAAGGGAAAAUGCACAAGAGGUCCAAGAUUAAGCCUUUUGUGAAGAUCCUUAACUACAAUCACUUGAUGCCAACAAGGUAUUCAGUCGACCUAACCUCCGAUUUGAAAGUCACCCCCAAGGACCUUAAGGACCCCAUGAAGCGCAAGAAGGUCAGGUUCCAGACUCGUGUUAAAUUUGAAGAAAGAUAUAAGCAAGGCAAGAACAAGUGGUUCUUCCAAAAACUGAGGUUCUAGAUAAGUUCAACUAUAUCUUUUUUUGUUAUUUAAGACAUGUUCACGAUUUAUGACAUAAUAAACUGUGGAUAAAAUUUG